CUGCAGUUCCAUGAGCUGCAGAUGGAUCAGAUGUACCAACAAUGCUGGAUCGUGCGCGCAAAGGUCAUCUAGAAAGUGCCGAUACGGGAGGGUUUUGAUGGUCGUCCACUGCUAAGGGCCAUUCUAAUGGAUCAAAUGGGGACUAGGAUGGAGGCCAUCGCGUGUGAGUCUGAUGCUGUAAGGUUCAAUCAGGGACUUCAUGAUAAUCACAUAUAUGACUUCGCCAACGUCGGGUUUGAACUAACGGUGAAACUGUACAGAUAUUUUUGGUACCUAGAUUCCCAGUACUACAUGUCUAUGAUCACUUAGACUACUGUGAACACCCCGGCAAGGCGUAUAGAGUUCCCAAUAUGUCCAAGUGUUUUCAUGGACUUCAACAAUGUCUACCCACGUCCCCACAUGACGAUAGCAGAUGUUGUAGGUUUAGUGCUUCAUGUGACUGAUAUUCAAUAUCGGUGGUCCUUCCCUAGAUACAUUCCUGUUAGAGACAUAGCGCUUAUGAACACAAGGUUCGAGGUUGUUUUUCUGCGCGUAUGGGACAUGCACAUCGCACACCAUAUCACAUGUUUCAGAAGGGUUGAGGCUAAGCUCCAUUGCUUGGCCGCCACAUUUCUAAAGAUAAACAGGAAUAUCGGUGGCGUGGUGACUACCUAUGCGAGCUAUCUCAUUUUCCAGCCUACUAUUGCCCAAGCGAUGGAGCUAGAGGAUCUACGUGAGAUUUUGAUUAACAGGGAGCAGGUGUUGAGGUAGAUUCGUCAUCAAGUUCAAGUGAUGUUGGUGAACAGAGCAAAUGGAACUAGCAACCAACACGUUCAAAUCACGAACCAGUAGUCAGAAUUGUUAGUGUUGGGUGCACUAGCAAGAAUAAACAUUUUAUUUAUUCCUGAAGCUGCAACUUGUGAGCCUCUACAUUGACCUCCUGGCAAAUCCUACUAAGGGUCUUAUGCUUGAUGCCCCUACUGAGACAGUAGAAGCUUAGUAUGUUUGAGGAGUAAAGGGUUCUACCCGUUGGAAGUUGUCUAAUGCACUUUGCUCUAUUACAGUUAAGAACUGAGUGUCAAAGUUUGGAUUUUGCUUUGUCUGGAUACCUCUAU